ACUGCUAUUAGCAUGUUAGCAUUAGCUGGAGAAGGGCUACACCAAGUAAGACACGCUAUUAGCAUGUUAGCAUGUAGCUGGAGAAGGCCUACACCAAGGAAGACACGCUAUUAGCAUGUUAGCAUAUAGCUGGAGAAGGCCUACGCCAAGUAAGGUAUGCUAUUAGCAUGUUGGUGUGUAGUUGGAGAAGGCCUACAUCAAGUAAGAGAUGCUAUUAGCAUGUUAGCAUGUAGCUGGAGAAGGCCUACGCCAAGUAAGGUACGCUAUUAGCAUGUUGGUGUGUAGCUGGAGAAGGCCUACAUCAAGUAAGAGAUGCUAUUAGCAUGUUAGCAUGUAGCUGGAGAAGGCCUAUGCCAAGUAAGGCACGCUAUUAGCAUGCUAGCAUGUAGCUGGAGAAGGACUAUGCUAAGUAAGACAUGCUGUUAGCAUGUUAGCAUGCAGGUGGAGAAGGCCUACGCCAAGUAAGGCAUGCUAUUAGCAUGUUAGCAUGUAGCUGGGGAAGGCCUACGUCAAGUAAGAACCCCUAUUUGCAUGUUAGCAUGUAGCCGGAGAAGGCCUACGCCAAGCAAGAACUGCUAUUAGCAUGUUAGCAUGUAGCUGGAGAAGGCCUACGCCAAGUAAGAACCGCUAUUAGCAUGUUAGCAUGUUGUAGCUGGAGAAGGCCUACGCCAAGCAAGAACCGCUCUUAGCAUGUUAGCAUGUAGCUGGAGAAGGCCUCCGCUAGACAUUAGGUUUUACUGUAGCAGGUCGACUUUCAGCAGCUUUUAGUUGUUCCUGUUCUAAAGCUGCAGCUGCUGUCGAGUGUUUUUACAAUACAAUAUUAUAACUUUAUUAAUCCCCGAACAGAAAUUCAUUAGGGUUAGAGUUAAUGGGCUUUUUAAUGAACAAAACCUUCAGCAUAUGUAACCAUGUACAGUGACACUCGGUCGCUGGCUGGUUCAAACCCCUCGACUCUGCGUUGUGUAUUUUGUUUUUGUUUGAAUAGAAAAGCCGGAAGGCCGUGUCUUCUUGUUUUGCCGUUUAUUUCUCGUGCACGCCUCUCUGGAACUGGCAAAAUACAGAGAUCCCUGGUCAGCAAGCUCACUCAUGCACGCCUCUCCGGAACUGACAGCAUGCAGAACCAUACAAUACCUUAUAGAACACAAUCAAGUUAAUAAAACAGAACAUGUACCUGGCAAAAUACAGAGAUCCCUGGUCAGCAGGCUCACUCAUGCACGCCUCUCCGGAACUGACAGCGUGCCACCAACGCCAGCCGCACACCACAGCUCCAAAGAGGGCGCCACCGAGCCAACAACAAUAAAUACGAUCAAACUACAGCAAGUGGAAUUAUUUAAUUACAUAUACACUGUUACACAUAAAACAUCAAAGCAGCUUCCUGUUGGGACUCAAUUCCAUCAACCAACCAGAAAACAGCAGCUGGGUGUGUGUUUGUGUGUUAAUGUGUGUUAAUGUGUGUCUCUAGGGUGGAGCAGCAGCAGCAGUUUUCUGGGUGUGUUAGCCUGUGUUAGUGUGUGUGUUAGCCUGUGUUAGUGUGUGUUAGAGUGUGUUAGUGUGUGCUAUUGUUUGUUAGUGUGUGUGUUAGUGUGUGUUAGUGUGUGCUAAUGUGUGUUAGUGUGUGUUAGUGUGUGUGUUAGUGUGUGUUUCUGGGUAAACACUGACACACUGACGCCUACAAAGCAAACAGAGCUUCAGCACUGCAAAGGAAACACUGUAAAAACUGUCAGAGCAAAAAUAGUUUGAAAAACCCUUAAAAAAAUAAACAACAAACCCCCAAAUAAACUCCACAAAACAAGAAAAAAUGUAAAAAUAACAAUGAAGAAAUGUGAAAAACCGUUUCAAAAUGAAAAAACCUAUAGUCCAUGGGCCAGACCAGAUAUUGGUACCACGUCAGGUGACCAAAGCUGUACCUAUUUCUGACUGAAUGUAGACAAACACUACAUUUCCCAGCAUCCCACACUCGGAACUGCAAAAUUGCAAAAUUUUUGGCAGGAAAAUAUUAAUACUAUAAGACAUACCACAUUUCAAGUUCAAACAAUAUGUCUUCCGCUGACCCCCUGAGCUCUCUCUUUAGGAACCAUUUCAACAAUUUUCCAACUAAGUAUUUGAUCUGUGGUAUUAUUUCCUUUGGUUUUAUCUUCAAUAGAAUUUUACUUCGAAUCUGUUUGUCAAACUUUCACUAUUCUAUUGUUUUGUCCCGCUUAUAGAAUAUCUUGUUACCAUAGCAACAAAAUCUCUCAGUCUCAAGUUUGUUAUAAUAUUGUUCUGUGCUGUAAAGUUAUUAAUACAGAUGAUGAUGUGUAGCAUGUGGCGUUUCUUAUUUUUUCGUAAUGAGGAAAAAUCCUAACAAAUUCUGUCCUGUUAUGUUGUUAGGACUUUUGGCUCAGGCCCUAUGCAUUUCAUUGUGGGGCAUGUCCAUUAAACGAGUGAUAACACAUAUUAAGCCGGGAGUCUGCAAAGGCUAUCAUAUCAAAAUGCAAACUAGAGACAUAUAGCAAGUUAAAAAUACCAAAAAGAAUUGGUCACCUCGGGUGGUACCGAUACCUGAAAUUUUGGGUCCUGGCCCAAGGACUACUAGGAAAAAAAUGAAAACAAAAACAGCAACAACAGACACACUAGCAGUCUUUAGUCUAGACACAGCUUCUCAUUUAAUUCUUUAUCUCAGGACUGUUUACAUUGUAGAUUCUCACUGAAGGCAUCCAAAGCAUGGAUGAACACAUCUGGAAUUAUGUAGGAAACUAAGUGUGAAAUAAGUCAAAACGUUUUAUAUUUUAGAUUCCUAAAAUGAUUCACUUUGAAUUAAAAAUGACCAAUAAUGACUGAAAAUCUGUCUGUUCUGUUUGAUUCUCUGAUUUCUGCUUUGAACAUUCUUGGUAUUCUCUGGAUGAGCUUCAUGAGGUAGAACCUGAAAUAGUUCUCCAACAGUCUUGAAGGAGUUCCAGAGAUGCUGAGCACUUACUUGUUGGUCCUUCUGUCUUCACUCUAUGGUCCAUCUCAUCCCAAACAUCUGGACUGGGUUUAGAUCAGUUGACUGUGGAGGCCAGGUCAUCUCCAUCAUCUCCUUCUUGGUCAGAUAGUCCUUCCACAGCCUGGAGGUGUGUUUGGGCUUGUUGUCCUGUUGGAGAAUAAAUGAUGGUCCAACUAGACAGUUCUUUAUAGGUUCCUGGGUAGUUCCUAGAUCGUUCCUUGAGGAGUCAUUCAAAAUUCUUAAAAUGUUCCUGAUGGAUUGACCUUCAUGUGUUAAAGUAAUGAUGGACUUCCUGGUAAGUUCCUUGGUAGUUCCUAGAUGGUUCCUGGUAGGUUCCUGGGUAAUUCCUAGAUGGUUCCUGGUAGGUUUUUGGGUAGUUCCUAGAUGGUUCCUGGUAGAUUCUUGGGUAGUUCCUAGAUGGUUCCUGGAUAGUUCCUAGAUGAUUCCUGGGUAGUUCCUAGAUAAUUCCUUGUAGGUUCCUAGGUAGUUCCUAGAUGAUUCCUAGGUAGUUCCUAGAUGAUUUCUAGAUAGUUCCUAGAUGGUUCCUAGGGAGUUCCUAGAUGAUUCCUGGGUAAUUCCUUAAUGGUUCUUCAUAGGUUCCUGGGUAAUUCCUAGAUGGUUCUUCAUAGGCUCCUGGGUAGUUCCUAGAUGGUUCUUCAUAGGUUCCUGGAUAAUUCCUAGAUGAUUCUUCAUAGGUUCCUGGGUAGUUCCUAGAUGGUUCUUCAUAGGUUCCUGGGUAAUUCCUUGAUGGUUCUUCAUAGAUUCCUGGGUAGCUCCUAGAUGGUUCCUGGUAGGUUUUGGGUAGUUCCUAGAUGGUUCCCGGUAGGUUCCUGGGUAAUUCCUAGAUGGUUCCUGGUAGGUUUUUGGGUAAUUCCUAGAUGGCUCCUGGUAGGUUUUUGGGUAGUUCUUGAUGGUUCCUGGUAGGUUCCUAGGUAAUUCCUAGAUGGUUACUGGUAGGUUCCUGGGUAGUUCCUAGAUGGUUGCUUGUGGAUACGUUCAAAGUUUUUGCAGUUUUCUGGACUAACUGACCCCUUGUUCUUAAAGGAAUGAUGGACUGUCGUUUCUCUUAACCAAUCAGUUAAGAGAAAUGACAGUCCAUCAUUGGAUUGUAACAGUUGUCCAAUAAAGCUGUCAGCUGUGGACCAACCUGACUUCUGAUGGUCCCAAACCCAUUAAGAAGGAAGAAGUUCCACAAAGUUUUGAUGCCUUCAGUGAGAAUCUACAAUGGAAAUAGUCAUGAAAAUAAUAAUUCUCUAGAAAUAAAAUACAGUCACUCGCGGCAUUUUUACAUCAAAUCAUAUUUAUUUUCUAUUUCACAUGCAAAAAGAAAGAAUGAAAUGACCAGUAAACAUGUUAGAAUAGAAAUAAUCAGGUUUAGUCUUCUUAUAGUCGGUGUUUUAAUGAUUGCAUGUUACGGGUUUAGAAGGAGCUCAGGUGCAGGAAAGGAGCAGACACACAGAAGCGGUUUAACAGAGUUUAUUCACAAGACUUUGAUUUCAUUACAAGCCAAAACAAAGAUCGAAACUAAUCAACACUGUUACUCGACACACUCUAACACAAGCACUCUAACACAACAAGUGGUGAGGAGGACAAACAACAAACUAUGACGCUAACUCACGGUGGAUAAUAUCCAGGCAAGAAAGGAUAAGCAAAGCUUUACAAAAACUGCAAAACUCUAAACCCUAGCACAAACAAUAGGCUCGAAUGUAAACUUCUAGAAACUCAACCUAGACUAUAACUGUGGGGCACAGAAAUACUAUCCAAAGUUACUUCAAUAAACAAUCACAAAAUGAAUCUAAGGCUGAUGCUUGGACUGGGCUCAUGCUGGAGGACCUCUGGUGGAUGAAAUCCAUAGAGCAGUGUUUCUCAACUGGUUGGUCGCGACCCAAAAGUGGGUCGCGGGGCCGUUUUUGGUGGGUCGCGAGCCUUUUUCUAAAAAGAGAGAAAAAUAAAGAUAAUCCAAUUUAGUGGCGAGUCAUUGUAGUUCCCCUCCGCACCCGCAGGGGGUCGUCGUGUCAGCAGCGACCGGUGAGGACACUCGUAUUACUGUAGAAGAAACUGCAUGUUUUCAUAGCAACAGCAGCAUGGCUAAACGCAAGUACGACAGCGAGUACAUUAAAUAUGGAUUUUCCUACAUCGAAGACAAAGGAGUCCAAAAGCACGCAUCUGAAUAAACUUUUCGAGCGGUUUAGCGACUACUUUCCCGAUAAACAACCCGAGGACGACUGGGUGCGCGACCCGUUUGGAAUAAACAUGGAAAGCAUCACGUUGCCUAGCAGCGAUGAAUGUCAGCUGGUGGAGCUAUCAUGUGACCGCACUCUCAGAAAGAAAUUCACAGAGUUUUAUGGUGGGUCCCAGACCAGUUGAGAACCACUGCCAUAGAGAACUUGAGACGGCAGGUAGGUAUGGAGAGGACGCCAAGGAACGGCUGUGAUGGAUGAACCCUGAGUGGAGGAGAUGGUGAAGAAUCCAGGUGAGACCAGGCAGGAGCAGGCAGGUCCGAAACUAUGAUGGGAGAAGACAAACUAUGUUACUACAAGUACGUGCAAUAGAGAACUUUAAACUAUAGUGUGCGAGAAAACCAGUACAGGCUGUAUCAUGUCCCAAGAUGGCGCCGUGCCAGCGGCAGCUAGUUACAGCAGCUCCGGUUAACUUUAGGUCUGUUUAGUUAUUUUUGUAGUUUUCUUCUCUUUUUAAGUUUUUCUUUUCAGCAAGUAGGGUGACGCUUUUGUACGGGACAGACAUGGAUGUGCAAAUAGCGUUUUCCCUACUUUGUUUACUACUGUUUUCGGAACUUUUUAAAUCCGCAUCUGGUGACCCGUUCAGCCAUGGCUCCAUUGUUUACAGUCGGGAACAGCUGUUGGCGCUGAGCCAGGCCAGGCCGCCGUCGUGGGAGAGACCAGACAUCCCAGCUGAGCUCCGCAGAAGGAGGAGAGGAUGCCGGGCAGGACUGAAGCGUCGGGAGAAGAGGAGACGCUACAAGCCGUCCGUUCCAUCUGUGAUUAUGGGGAAUGUGAGGUCUCUCCCGAAUAAGAUGGAAGAACUGACGGCGCUGACCAGGCUGCAGUGGGAGUAUAGGGAGAGCAGCCUCAUGAUGUUCACGGAGUCAUGGCUGAACGAACUCACUCCGGACUCACUUUUAACUCUGGACGGAUUCCAUCUGGUCAGAGCGGACCGGAACGCGAGGGAGAGUGGUAAGAGAAAGGGUGGGGGCCUCGCGAUGUAUGUGAAUGAGAGAUGGUGUAAUGCUGGACACAUUAGCGUUAAAGAGCAGCUCUGCACUAAGGAUGUAGAAUUACUGGCGGUCAGUCUGCGUCCGUUCUAUCUGCCCCGGGAGUAUUCACAUGUAAUAGCCAUUACUGUGUACAUCCCUCCCUCGGCUGAUGCGGCUGCAGCCUGUGAACUCAUCCACAGUGUAGUGUCCCAGCUGCAAACAUCUCACCCUCAGUCUCUUAUCAUCAUCUCAGGAGACUUUAAUCAUGCAUCGCUCUCUGCCACUCUCCCCACGUUCACCCAGUACGUGACCUGCCAUACCAGAGACAAUAAAACCCUGGACCUGCUGUAUGCAAACAUCAAGGAUGCAUACAGCUCCUCACCCCUCCCCCCACUGGGCCACUCAGAUCACAACCUGGUGAGACUGCAGCCCAUUUACAUACCUAUGGUGAAGAAACAACCCCCCACCAUCAGGUAUGUGAAGAAGUGGUCUGACGAGGCCACUGAGGCGCUGCAGGACUGCUUUGAGACCACAGACUGGGAUGUGCUGUGUGGUCCACACGGGGAGGACAUUGAUGCACUGACAGACACUGUUACGGACUAUAUCAACUUCUGUGCAGAGAACAUCGUACCGACCAGGAAAGUACGGUGUUUCUCUAACAGCAAACCCUGGGUGUCCCUGGAACUGAAGGCCCUGCUGAAGGAGAAGAGGAGGGUCUUUGGAUCUGGGGACAAAGAGGAGCUGAGGAGGGUGCAGAAGGAGAUAAAGAAGAAGAUCAAGGCGGACAAGGCCAGCUACAGGACCAAGAUGGAAUCUCACCUGCAGGACAAUAACACAAGGGAGGUCUGGAGAGACCUGAGAUCCAUCUCUGGUUACAGCAGAGGCCAUGAGAGGGGAGCUGCAGCAGGAGGCCAGGAGUGGGCCAAUGAGCUGAAUCUGUUCUUUAACAGAUUCGACUCUGCUCCCACUCCUCCCCCCUCUCAUCAAAGCACCGACCAGCCAGCUCCUUCUUCACACCUCAGCUCUCUACCACCACCACCACCAACAGCACCCCUCCUCCCAUCCCCGUCUUCUACCACCUCCGGACUCCGCAUACAGCCCCAUCACCCCUCCUCGUCUCACCCCCCACCACCACCAUCACCCCUCCUCCUGCCACCCUCCCCCUGCCUCUCCAUAACAGCUGAUCAGGUGAGAAGUGAACUUAAAAAGAUCAAGACCAGGAAAGCUGCAGGUCCUGAUGGAAUCAGCUCCAGACUCCUUAGAGACUGUGCAGACCAGCUCUGUCAGGUGCUGCUGCACAUCUUUAACCUGAGCCUGAGUCUGGAGAGGGUUCCUCUGUUAUGGAAGACUUCCUGCCUGGUUCCUGUCUCUAAGACCAGGAACCCCAGGGAGCCUAACCACUUCAGACCUGUGGCCCUCACUUCUCACCUGAUGAAGACCAUGGAGAGGAUCGUCCUCAAGAACCUCCGUCCCCAGGUGAGCCAGUAUCUGGAUCCACUGCAGUUCGCCUACCAACCGAACAUUGGAGUGGAUGAUGCAGUGGUCUACCUGCUGCACAGAUCGCUGACUCACCUGGAGAACCCCAGCAGCACUGUGAGGGUCAUGUUCUUUGACUUCUCCAGUGCUUUCAACACCAUCCAGCCUUCUCUGCUUAGGGUGAAGCUUGAAGGAGCGGGAGUAGACUGUCACCUGGCUGCUUGGACCAUCGACUACCUCACCAAUAGACCACAGUACGUGAGGCUUCAGGACUGUGUGUCUGAUGUGGUAGUCAGCAGCAUGGGGGCCCCACAGGGGACAGUGCUCUCCCCCUUUCUCUUCACCCUGUACACAUCGGACUUCCACUACAACUCUGGGAGCUGUCACCUCCAGAAGUUCUCCGAUGAUACAGCCAUUGUUGGGUGCGUAUCUGAAGGGGACGAGCGGGAGUACAGGAUGGUCAUCUCUGACUUUGUGGACUGGUGUGAGCAAAACCAUCUGCAGCUCAACGCCAGUAAGACGAAGGAGAUGAUCGUGGACUUCCGCAGGAGGAGGACACCCCGGACUGCACCGGUGAACAUCCAGGGUUUGGACAUUGACAUGGUGGACACAUACAAAUACCUGGGUGUUCACCUCAACAACAAACUGGACUGGACACACAAUACAGAGGUCCUGUACAAGAAGGGCCAAAGUCGUCUCCACCUGCUGAGGAGACUGAGGUCCUUUGGAGUGUGCAGGACUCUGCUCAGGACAUUUUAUGACUCUGUGGUAGCGUCUGCUAUUUUCUAUGCAGUGGUCUGCUGGGGAGCAGGGAGCACUGAAAGGGACAGAAAGAGACUAAACAGACUGGUCAGGAGGGCUGGUUCUGUCCUGGACUGUUCCCUGGACUCCAUAGAGGAGGUGGGUGAGAGGAGGAUGUUGUCAAAGCUCACAUCCAUCAUGGACAAUCCCUCUCACCCACUGCAUGACACUGUGGGGUCUUUAAGCAGCUCCUUCAGCAGCAGACUGAGACAUCCACCCUGCAAGAAAGAGCGCUAUCGCAGGUCCUUCAUCCCAUCUGCUAUAAGACUUUACAACAUCAGCAUCACUGGCUGAUGUUAACAUAAACUGGACUAUAUCAUUACCACCCCAAACCAUAAAAUUUGCACAGACAUUCUUGCACUGCACAUCUUUGCACUUUUAAACUUUAUUUUUAUUUUUAUUUUUUCUGUUAAAAAUUUUGCCACCCUUGUAUAUAUUGUAAAUAAAACUGCUGUAACAAUGUAAAUUUCCCCUGGAGUGGGGAGAAAUAAAGAACUUUAUCUUAUCUUA